UUUUAUUGUUAUUAUUUAUAAUAUUUCUCGUCGUCGUCGUCGUCGUCUGUGCGCAUCACAGAUACCGAGUUUUUUAAAGACAAUAAUAAUAAUAGUAAUAAUAUUAGUAAUAAUAAUAAAAAAAAAAAAAAACCAUGACUUCCGGAGUGGCGGACGACGAUCCGCUGCAGUCGCAGCGCUCUCCUUUGGCCACCGACGCGUGCAGCCAAAAGAAAAUAAACGAAAACAAUCGUCGGAGCAACAAACCAAUAAUGGAAAAGAAAAGAAGAGCAAGAAUAAAUAACUGUUUAAACGAAUUAAAGACUUUGAUCUUAGAUGCGACUAAAAAAGAUCCAGCUAGACAUUCGAAAUUGGAAAAAGCAGAUAUAUUGGAAAUGACUGUAAAACACUUGGAAUCUAUGCAAAGGCAUAAUGUAGCUUUAACUGCUGCCACAGAGUCUACAGUAGCCAAUAAAUUCAAAGCCGGAUUUACAGAGUGUACAAAUGAAGUAAACCGAUUCCCUGGGCUUGAACCCCAUGUUCGUAAACGUCUCAUGCAGCACUUGAAUACAUACUUCAAUAAAGAAAGUAGUAAUAACAAUCCCAAAAUUCUCCCUACACCUCCAGAAAAAUCAAAUCUACAACUACACCUGGACUCUAACCAGAACGCUAUAUUAUUGGGUACCACUGGUUCAGCUUGUGGAGUUCAAUUAGUUCCUACAAGACUUUCCAAUGGUGAUAUUGCUCUAGUUUUGCCUUCUAGAUCUACUGAAACAUCACCACCACCGCCCCUUUCUAUGAUUGCACCAACACCACCAUCCACUCAAUCUGAUUCAUCUGAUACUGAGUCGCCUAUGCCUGAUAGACCUUUAUCGUGCUAUUCAAUGGGUAGCACUGAUAGUACAGAUACAUACAGUCAACCAGAACUUCCCCUUGCAUUGGUUACCAAACACAGACGAGACGACGAACAGUCAGAUCUAGAACAGCCCUGGCGACCGUGGUAGUAAUAAUUUAUUUUCUGGUUUAACAGGAUACUCUCAUUAAUUAAGUGUUUUUAUUUUUAAAUUCAAAAUGUGUAUGCAUAUUAUUUGUAUUCAUUUACUUACAUUGAAAUAUUUCUUUGUGCCAUACAUUCGAAAUCGUGGAAAUUGUUUAUUAGAAGUAAAAGGCUGGUAGCGCAUAACUAUUUCAUAAAACAGCUAACAUUUAUAUUUUUGUUUUUACAUCAUAAUUUGAAAAAUCCAGUAAACAAUUAAUAUUAUUUUGUUAGGAUUAAAUUUAACGCUAAAUUGUAUAACAGUUGGUACCUCUAUUUAGCAAGUUAUUAAAACAAAACAGGGUUCGUGCAAAUAUUAUAUUAAUAUAAAUUCAAGAUCAAAUAUUAAAAUUGCCGGGCAUUAGUGCAACAUAUAUUAUCAAUGUUAACGGUUAAUUCUUAUCCAAUUAUCGUACAUGAUUAAUACAUAUUAUAAUAAUUAUAUUUUUAUUUUUUAUGUUCAAUUUUCUUUACAUACCUACCUUGUACCUAUAGUUACAUGUGAUUUAUUUAUCAAUUAUAUUAAAUGUUCAUUCAACUUGUAUUUAUU